ACUGCAACCAAUUUCUGUUGGAUCUUCCAACUCGAUCUUAGUCUGAUUUAUCUUCUUGCUCAAAAUGCGUCUCACAUUUGCCUGUCUUUUGGUCUUGGGAGCUGUUGCCGUCGCCUACGCUGAGGCCAAUCCUGAACCCCAAGUCAAUCCCCAACCAUCGUUCGAUCAGUCAACAUCAGUAGAGGCUGACGGACGCACAUUCUACACCGUAACUUUGACCUUCUCGACCUCAACGACUUACACUACAACGACCAAGACAUCGACAUGCACCACGUCCACUGGUGGCCUUUCCGUCUGCACAGCAUCUGGCCGACGCCGUCGUGGUCUCCAUCUCAGCGGAAACAAGGAAGGCCGUGGACUCUUCUACAAUGAAAAUGAAGAAGCCAACGAAGAUGGCAAUAUCUUUUUGCCUUCUGUCAAGUCACCCGAGCCCGAAGUCGCCGCCGCAAAAGCCGAAUCUGUUCGCGUUGAACGCGCUCCCGUUGCGAUUCCUUACGUCAUCCAGCCCGGAUUUAGCGCACCUUCCGGAGCUCAACCUCGCGUCCUUUUGGCAUUCAGCACUGUGACAACUACUUCCACCUCGACCACCACAACGGUCACUUCGCUGACUGCCAUUUGCCAGAGCACCACAGGUUUCCAAGUCUGCGGCUCAAACGGAAAAUAAUUCGAACGUUCUUUAAAUUAUUAUAUUAUUAUGUGCUAAAAUCCAACUUCUAUCGGCUUUCUGCAUUAUUUUCUUAUCGGUAAUUUUUACCGUGCUCAAUA